AUGGCUUCUGCGACUUUCGACCCCACCAUGUCGCUGUCCGGAAUGCGGCCUCCUCUUGCAUCCGCCGACGCGCCAUCCAUGGCAGACCAGCUCCCAGCGCUGAACUUUGGCUUCGAGGACUUACGCGCGCGAAUGGCGCAGUUUACAACAAAAUUUGACGCCUUUAUUGAGAGAGGCAGGAAGCAGGUGCUUGAGGAAAGAAACCAAUUCCGUGUGAAUUUAGCUGAACUUCAAGAGGAUCGGCGUAUGAAACAGAAGGAUAUCGAGAUUCUUGCUUUAAAAACACAGACUCAUGCACAAACAUUGCAGAAGGAAACAAUGGAAGCUGCUGAAAUGAACGAGGCAAUUGCGAUGAUAUCCCAGCAGUGCGAUACGCAGCUGGUGACGCGGGACCGCUUAAAACAGCAGAUUGAAGAGACACAAAAGACUAUCAACCAACGAUUAGAAGCCCAAAAAGCGCACGCGCGUCACCUAGAAAGCCAAGCACGAUUGAAUGUUCCCGAGCUAGAAUUUUGGCAGGACUACCUUUGCUUAAGAAUUGAAGGUGCAGGGAGAGAGGAUCGAUUAAAAGUGGUUUAUAGUCACUUACUAGAAAAGGAUUGGGAAAAAGAAGCUUGGUUUGAGCUUGGUACAAGUUCUAGAGAAUACGAAGUGUUUCGGUGCCGACCGAAGCUGGAGAGAGGGGCAAUAGAAAGGGAACUUGAUAUUAUUAAUGAAGACAGGGAUUUCGGCGCAUUUCUUAAAAGGAUGCGGAAAUUGUUUGUAGCCGCCAUGAAGUAA